CUUAGUAUGAAGUGAAACACAAUUUUGAUUAAAACGUUUCCAUCUCCUACCACAGUUCCAGGCUUGAGAAGCCGGUGUACAAGGACUACCAGCUUAGUUUUGUCCAGGAGAGGAACAGGGAAACGUAUGUGGACCGCAGCAUCAAUGAGGACAACUACAACCUCUUCAGCUGUCUCUCCAGGCCAAUUCUCACAGGACACGUCUUCUGCCAUUGGGCCUUUGAGAAAAAGCACUUAACCCCUGAAACUGCUCCAGGGGUACUGCAGACUAGCUGAUCCUGCUCUUUCAAUCGCUCUGUGUGUUUUCUGUUCUCAACCAGUAAAGCAGGGGUUGGAACCUAAUACUGGAAAAUAACAUUUUUUGAGGAACAGAAUCAGAGCCAGGAACAAACGUGAUCUCUACUGUUCCAGAACAGAACCGUUAUUUUAAAAAGCAUGGGAACUGGUUAAAAACUUUAUUUUACAUUCCAGGCACUUUUUUUUCAGUCCCACAAAAAAAAUGCAACGGGGCGCCACACUUCAUCUUCACUAGGAACCCCUGGCUCGCACAAUGGAUCUUUCUGAUCCUGUCUAUUCUAGUUCUCAUCUGGAUCCUGACUCAUCUGGAUCUGCUGUGCUACCAUGGCAACUGCUGUAGUUCAAUACAUCCCAGCUGAGAAACUGAGUAUCAAUGGAGACAUGGAGUACGCCAAGGACCGCAAGCUGCUGACCCCUUACCCAGCAUCCUCUCUGGUCAUCCCCUCCAAGCUGGAGGAAGAGGCUGGAUAAGUCUAACAUCUUAACAUCUAGGGGCCAAACCAACAUGGCGGAGAUCAGAGUUGGGCUCAAUUCCAUUUCAAUGCCAGUCAAUUCAGGAAGUACACUGAAAAUCCAAUUUCAAUUCUCUUUUAAUGCUCGUCUAAACAUUAUUUUGAUAGUGAUACCUCCAAUACCUAGCAUUUCCUUUAAAGCCGUAUUCCCAUAUUGACUGUUAGGUCAACCGUAAACCCUCAAACACACAGUAGCUAUGGCAAAGAACAAUUCAAAGGCUUUUAAGUUUCUAAGUGACUAUAAACAAACCACUAAAAACUGAUUUAGAACUAUUUCCCCAUUCAGACUUCAGUCCACUGAGCCUUGGUGCCCAGUUUAUUAUUAACAUGGGCAUGGCCCACUGUUUAAGGAUAGAUUCUGUUUACCUUUGUCACUGUGGGCAUGUCUGAGCUGGCGUGAGGUGACUGAGGGGAAACUGUUGUUUCCACAAUGCCUCAAUGGUAACCAAGUAACUAUCACUGAACCUAUCAACCUACCUACCAUAAUGGUAUUAUGCGACUAGGUUAGCUGUGCUUUAGUAGUACUUAGAUAUGUUGAAUGGGGAAUAUUGAAGAGCUGCAAUAUGAAAUCUAACCGGACCCACCCACAGCAGAGACUGUUUGAUGACCAUUCAUUGGGGUCACCUGAUAAAGACUGCUGUGGAGAGUGCUGCAGGCCUUGCUGUCGGUGCUGCAGCAGACGAGCUGUCUGUCUCUCCAGUAUAAUACUAACUGUAGGAACAGUCCUGGCUGUAGUAGGGGUUAUACUCACUCUGGUCUUUGGGAUCCCCAAAUCACCUCCUGUAAACCGUGUCUGCAGGACAGCGGACAAUGCGACAGGCUUCCUGUGUGACGACAGAGUGACCUGUAUCCCGCCCUCUGACCUCUGUAACGGGGUCGUGACCUGCCCCAAAGGAGCCGAUGAGGACACACACUUGUGCAGUGAUCUCCCCAACAACCUUCCAGGGGGUCUUGUGUUUCGAUGUGGAAACCCUCAGUUCUGGGUCGUUACUGACAAGAAGUGUAACAACUUCAACGACUGUGGCGACUGCUCUGAUGAGAUUGGGCCUUAUGCUGGCUGUGCCCCCUGUGGUGUGCACUGGUGGCCCUGCAUACCAGUGGACUUCCAGUACUGUUCCUGCAUCCCUCGCUGUCUAUGCCGUGAUGGACGCCAGCACUGCUACGACUGGUCUGACGAGUACGCCUGCCCCAAAAGUUUAACCUGCUAGGCUAACUGCCACAUCCAUCCCCUAAUCUCUGAACCAAAUCGAAGGUCUAUACUCCGGCCAUGUGACCAUUCUCUCAUCAGAGACUGGAUCCACACCAAUGGUCAGAAUCUUGGGAACAGUCACAAUAAAUAAAACAUUAUAAUUUUAUUUGUAAAAAGUUAAAAAACGUAAAUAAGCUGCAGAUUGACUAAGAAAACACUCCCAAGUGUUCUUCCAUCUAAGGAGUGCUUGGGGUCCACUUAAACAAACAAAACAAAAACCACCAAAGCUAAACUAGAGGUGGAAGCUGAACUCUGCUGAAUGCAUGACAUCAGGAAGAGUUCAAAUUGAGCAGUGCAUUGUCACGCCCCCCCCCCACACACACACACACAUUUGGGGACUGUGGACCUCGGCUACGGAGGAGACAAAGCAUCAGUAACUGUUGAGUAGAUCCAAAUCGCCUGCUGUGAGAGCUGGUGAUGAAGAAGCACGUUUAACAGGAGGGCUGUGAUGACCACUGUCCCCGACCUGCUGUUUACCAGGCCUCUUCUUGUUCCGUGAACAGGGUUUUACAUGUCCGUUGGUGGACCCUGCGAUUUCAAUGCUGUUGAGUGACGAGUGCUUAAUUUGUCCUCUUUUAGCCCCUGUGCAUUGGGCCUGAUGUGUGUGUGUGCUUGUUGCUGGUUUAUACAAAUGUAUCCUCUCCCUG